AUGCGAAUCGCUUUCUGCAACAUCAUAUGCUUCGUAGUUUACUCGUCUGGAGCUUUUCUGCUUCAUGAUGGUCUAUCUCCUCGUGCCGCAAGCGUGAAAGGCGACCACACUGGACCACAGCCACGGGGAGAAACGCAAGGUGUGAUAAUGUUAGCAUUACCUCACAGGCACACGCCAGAUGCGGUGGGCGACAAAGCGCGCCGACCAAAGCGAUCUGAGAGAUUAGUUCAAAUGCACUUCAGAAGCACAGAAGGUACGGAAGACCGAAGCGCCAUGGGCCGCUGCAGAUGUUUACACAACCAACCGUCUUACACAGGCAAUUCUGAGCCGGAGAACUGUGCAGACGAAGAAAAUCGAAUAGAAGCAGCCGAACAAAAGGUUCAGGCUGCACAUGAGCAGCUUCAGAAACAUCACAUUGGACCGGCACAGAAAAAGGCAGAGGAGUUGCGUGAACGAGCUGAGAAGGUUUCCACGGAAGCGGAGGAGGAGCGGACAGCGGAGGAACAGGAGGAGGAACACCACGACCAUAGUGAUGCACCAAGCUCCGUAGCAGUUUUCUUAGGCACGUCGGUGACGGACACGAUACCAGAUUUCCGCUUACCGUUCUGA